ACCACAAAUCUACGUCAGACUCUAAUUUUGUUUACGAUAUUGCUUAAUUUAAACAUGGAGUUGAGCGAGGAACCAGUGCAAGAUUAUUGGAGUGCCUUGACUAGAUGGUUUGCUUUCGACAACACCGAUACCACCAAUCAUGAAAAUGGCCUAAAGAUCGAUUUUUUCAAGGGCGACUUUUCCUGUCAAAUCCAUCUGUUCACUUGGAAAUCAAACCGGGAAACUUUUGAUUUCCAGUUGUUCAAGGCUAACUUUUCUUUGAAUUUUAAUUUGCUAGAACUGGCAUCUAGAAGGUGUGUUCUGCAGGCGGAGGCGGAACCAGCAAAGAUUUCCACCGGUGCCACAAGCGACGCCUGCGUCAGAAGCGUCAUCAGAGUCUUUGUCGACGGCGUCACUAGAGCUUUCAUCUACGGCGUCAUCUGA